AUGCUAUGCUUACAAUGGUUGAAGAAGCUACGAGUGCGGUGCGCUAAUGGUGAUGAUGGUGGUGGUGGUGGUGGUGGCAGCAGCGGUGGUGGCAGUGGUGGUGGUGGGCAUAUUUCUAGCACGCCAGACAUGCAUGCAUGCAGUCCCCUACAAAUAUGCGGUCUUUUGGAAGAUGAGAAAAGGGAAGUGUAUGAUAAGAUUUGGGACGUUCGGCUGGAUACGAAAGGAGGGGCACUUAGCAGUGCGCCACGUGUCCCACCCGCCGUGUUCACGAUUGAUAAAGAGGCGGAAUCUGCGAUUGUGGAAUUCAUUGUUAUCCUCCUUUGUUUUCUUGGAUGUGGACCAUCGAGCCAUCAUUCCUUCUAA